UUCAUGUGAUCAGCACGAUGAUUCACAUCGAUGGGAAUUCGGAAUUUGACAUUGAAAAUUCUUUUUCGCGGCUACUAACGAGCCUCGCGCGUCGGUCGGCGAGAAUUUAUUGGAGAAUUUCGUUCACAGAGCCUGCAGGUGCUCGACACCAUUUUUGAGAUGGAAUGGACGGGGUUGGAUAAUAAAAUCAAAAAAAGUCUCUUGAUAGUCAUGAAUCGCGCGAUGGUACCGAUCGAAUUUACCAGCGCGUACCUCCUCAACAUGAAUCUCGACUCUUUCAUGGGAUUGCUCAAAACGUCGUACUCUGCUUACAAUUUGCUAGUGCAAAUGCAAGAAACAUAGUGGCUAAAAGUGGAGCGUUCUUUCACAAACAUGAAAUUGUGUGAUAGCCAUGCAAUUGUUCUUAUAUCAACUGUUCGGUGAUAAGUUUAUGUGACACGUAGAGAAUGUGCAUCGCGCACGAAUAUUUUAGAAAUAUGAAAUAGUUUUUAGAAAUAUGACCGCAUUCUCAUACUUUUCAGUAUGUAAGCGUAUAGAAUGAAAACUUAGAGUGUCUCAACAGCUCUUCUAACAACAGUUAU